AUGUCUCAAGCAAUUGUAGUGGCUGUUUUCGCUUUCCUCGCCAUCCUGGCACCUGAUGGAAAUGCAUUUAAUACAUUUCCUUUGCUUACCCCUCUCGAAUCCAAUAUAAGCUUCAUCUUGAAAGCGUUUGUGGAGCUUCAAUCACAGUGGUGUCCACCGUGGAAGUACAAAAAGUUCUUCUUCCUCAACUACAACUCUCAUCCACUGUCAGAGGACAUCUUAACCGGGAUCUUGAAGUUAGAUGGACCACCGUGGAUUAUUUCGACUGAGGCCAGUGGUUUGACCUACUGGACGUACGAAAAUAAUCGCUGUGCCGUAAUUAUGGUUAGCGGAUAUGAGCGAAUGAGGCCAACAAGGCCGCUGUAUUAUGGCAGCCGGUACUUCAUAUUUCACCCCAAUCUGGUGGAAGGCAACGUGUUUAUGGAUCAAAUCAACAGUGGCAUGUCCUGCAUACUGGACAAGGCGUACUUCAUCGUGUACAACCGUACCACAAUCGAGAUACGGCACAAGAACUUUUUCACCAAUCGUACGAUCCAACUCGAUCCAGCUAACAUACGCGUUCCGGAUGAUCUGAAAGAUCUUCACGGUAGAAAGCUCCACAUAGCUCUGCCUGAGGGCAAUGAAGACGUAGUGACCUUUGACCUCUACCUAGCGGAAACAAUAUGCCAGCAGCGUAAUGCGUCCCACGAAAUAUCUUCGCUUCAUGACGCCAGCAUCGACUAUGGCGUCGUACACAUGGGUAUGCCAUUUCCCACCACCGACAAGACUGUUGCCCUCGGCAGUACCUUCGUGAGCGUUAUGGUACCACGCAGCAAACCAAAACCGAUCAUCGCAGUGCUGAUCGAUCCGUUCGACUACUACACCUGGAUCUCGCUGUUUGUUCUGAUCUUUUUGCUAGCAAUGGUGCUAUCCCUAUUCGGCAAGGUGCUGAGCCAGUGGAACAUCGUUGAGAACGCUCUCGAGAUGAUCAUGUGCAUUCUGGGUGGACCGACCCGAAAGUAUGACGGUUGGUUCGAAAACCAAAUCAUCACCAACUACUGUCUGCUUGCAAUUGUGAUUGUGUACUCGUACCAGUCGCUGAUCAUCUCGUACCUCACGUACACGCGCUAUUCGCCUGAGAUUAACACGAUGGACGAGAUCCGUAAUAAUUGUAUUUUCCCAUUCGGGUCUACCUGGGCCGCUCAUUUUCACUUUCACACCGAUGGCGAAUAUGACGAUGAACGGGAUAACAUGUGCUUUUUGUUCGCUAGUCGAGACGAUAAGCAAAUAACCACGUUGUUGGUGGAGAAUAUGCGCGACAUCGAUCCUGCGGCGGGGCAGGCGUACAAGCGGAAUCUACGCGUUGCUGAUACCGCACUAUUAAAAUACAAUCUCCUAUAUUACUUUUUUAACAAAUCCAUAAUACGCGAGCUGUUCCCGUUCUACAUUGCUGCGUUCCGUGAGUCGGGUCUGUUCGAUCAGCAUUAUCGUAACAAAAGUAUUCAUACAGCGAUCCACAGCCGGGAGAUGUUUGGUGUACGAUCGUUCAAUGUAGCGGAUCUGUCGAUUAUUUGGUAUCUGUACGCUGGUGGAGUAAUGGUAAGCAUUCUCUGGUUUGGGGUUGAGAUUGCUUUCUUCCAUUGUCUACGAUGUGGACGAAUGGUGAGAAAGCGAUGCCAAACCUACUUCCUACGUAGGAAGGGUGAAAUACAAACACGUGUAGCAUGGAGAAACAAGUUCAUACAUUAAAUGAGAGAAGCAGGCGACAAAGCCUACCAGUAUUGAAGCUACAACAUUGGAAAUGCAGUGUGCUGUGAGCUACUGUUUAACGUGUCAAUGACGCUGGCAUCUUUGGAGGCUUCUUUGUUUUAAAUGUUCUAAAUGUUCUUAAUUUCGCACAGUGAUAGUGAGAAGAUAUUGCUCCCAAACGCAUUCCAGUUGAGGAACUAAAAGCCGAAAGCCUCUAUUGACCCCUUUACUGAUCCUUUUGCCAUACCGAUUCUUAUUUGAUACCUUAUUUGCUUCUGGACCUGAACUCAUGCCCGAAACAUACUGCAAUUGAUCUAUAAUCAAUUUUGCUGUUGAAACUAAUCCCAAACUCAGACAGAUCUUGGAAAUGAUCUAGAACCAAUACCGAGGCUAAGCUGAUCCUGACCACAUACCUAUUCUGGAAAUAAUUUCGAACCAAUACCGGUCUUGUAACUGGUUCACAUCUCAUACCGGCCAGGAGCUGGUAUCCUGAACUCCCAUCCCUGAACUUAUUCUGAUCCUUUACUGUUAUUAGAGUUGAACCCAAACCAAUGCUAGACGACCUGCUACUGUUUCGAUAACCCAUAACGAUCCUGGAACUGAUCCGCAAACAUUUAUUGACCUUCAGAAAUGCUCCUCAUACAACAAAUGAUGCAUUCGUGCCAGUUCUGCAUUGACCAUUAUUUAACCCAUUUCUACCCUGUAACUGAUCCUGAACCCUGAAUGAAUAGCGUCGUAAAUAGCAAAGCCGUAAAAAGAAAGCUUAAAUCUUAGUUUCGGAUACAUGC